AUGGAUUUACCGUCGUCGUCCUCGACCGAUUGUUCGAGCGAUGUCCUUGGGAACGUCGGGAACGGUUCACCAGGUCUAUCUUGUACAUCGGGAAAUCUUCGUCUCAAUUCUCCUUCGCCUGAUUUACGAACUCAAGAGGCGAAUGGAACAUCGCUAUCAGAAUGUGAUCAUUCGAGACAAAACAGCAUCAAUUGUGGUGCAAUACCAUAUUUUCAGCCAGUAGAAAUCACAAAGAUCUGCUGCGUUGGAGCUGGCUAUGUUGGUGGCCCAACUGCUGCGGUGAUAGCUUUACACAAUCCCCACAUCAAGUUCACUGUUGUUGAUGGAGAUGAAACAAAGAUAAAUCAGUGGAAUUCCAGACAUCUACCAGUGCACGAGGUUGGUUUAAAAGAAAUUUUGAGAGUCACCAGGGAUGGAACAGAAAGUGUCACAUUUAUCAGUGAGCCAAAUGUAUUUGAGAGAUCAAGAACAUUGUCAUCGCUACUGUCCGUUUCAGAAUCCGAGACGAGCUUCAACCGGUACGGAAAUAAAAUCACGGUACCUUCUCGACUUCCCAAUCUGUUUUUCUCGGUCGAUGUUUUGAGGGAAAUCAGCGAAGCAGAGAUUAUCCUCAUAGCUGUAAACACGCCCACCAAGACUCACGGCAUUGGAGCAGGGAAAGUUACCGAUAUGACCGCAAUUGAAGCUGUCUCAAAACAGAUCGCGUUGCACGCAAAGUCGGGCACAAUUAUUGUCGAGAGAAGCACCGUUCCAUGUCGGACUUCAGAGACGAUAGAAAAAAUAAUUAAAACCUAUCGACAAGACUCAGAUCUCGAAAUACUCUCCAAUCCAGAGUUCAUGGCAGAAGGAACAGCAAUAAGCGAUCUUCUUCACCCUAGUCGAGUCAUCAUAGGGUCAAGACCGACACCAUCCGGACGUCGAGCCGCGGCUGCUCUCUCAUCAAUUUAUGAAGCAUGGGUACCACGCUCAAAAAUAAUAACCGUAAACACUUGGUCGGCAGAGUUAUCGAAGCUCGUUGCGAACGCGAUGCUAGCGCAGAGGGUUAGCAGUAUCAAUUCAAUAUCUGCGAUCUGUGAGGCGACCGGUGCUGACAUAAAUGAAGUUGCGCAUUCCGUGGGAUUGGAUCCCAGAAUUGGCGAUCAAUUCCUCCAAGCAGGAGUUGGAUUUGGUGGCAGCUGUUUCAAGAAAGAUAUUCUCAGCUUGAUUUACUUGGCAGAAGGACUUAGGCUGAGUGAAGUAGCGGAGUACUGGCAGCAAGUUCUGACGAUUAACGACUGGCAAAGAAAGAGAUUCGCGAGGAUUGUGAUAACAUGCUUGAACGGUACAUUGACUGGCAAGAAACUAACCGUGCUUGGCUAUGCGUUCAAGAAAGAUACGGCAGAUAAGCGAGACUCACCGUCAGUCGAGUGUAUUAAGAUGUUACUUGAAGAUACACCGGCUGAAAUCGCAAUUUACGAUCCUUGCUGCAAUCAAGAUACGGUAAAGGAAGAAAUGAAGACUCUGAUUGGAAGAGAGGUGCUCAAAAAGAAUGGAGGACCGAUCAACGUGUGUGUUGAACCAUAUGAAGCAUGUUGGGAUAGCCACGCCAUUAUUAUCAUGACCGACGCAGAUGAGUUUCGAACCUCAUUAAAUAAAUCACCAGCAUCAAAAGCAGAGGGUUCGUCAAUAGAUCCGAGACCAUUCCAACACUCUGUUCCCACCGAGUCUGAGCUUUUGUCCCUUCAGACCUACUUAAGUUCGCAUCUCAACACGACCGACCCUUUUCAACGGCUCAAAGACGAGCCGCCUUGUGAGAAGGAUUGUAGCUUGUGUAAAUUAAAGACACAACGUAAGCUUUCCAGAGAUGAGAGAAUGGAUUGGUCGAGAAUUGCAAACCACCUGCAGGAACCGAAAUGGGUGUUCGAUGGGAGAGGCGUGUUAGAUAUUGAUGAGAUGGCGGCAUUGGGUGUAAGAGUAAAGGCAAUUGGGAAACCUAAUGGCGUGGUUUACACUUGA